AUGAGUAAAUUUGUGGUAGUGGAGCCAUUAGAGAAGGUUGUAGGUGAAAAUAUAAUGGAAGCUCUUAAUGCUAGAGUAUUCGCUAUAUUCGGUAUUCCUGAGAGAUUUAAUAGAGUAAUUAACGAAACCAUUGCGUGCUAUCAAGCAUCUCAGAGUUGGGAUUUAUAUAUACCAAUGGUAGCUGGAGCUUAUAAUGGUCAGAAGCACUCAACAACGAGGAUCGCACCAAACAAAUUGGUACUAUUUCCAUACCACAAAGGAAUUGAGAUUUUGCAUUAUCCAGUAUAUCUGGAUGAGCAAGAAUAUCAGGAAGAAUAUGAUAGGGUGGUGGCUAAUACCAGAAAGAUAAUGAUGGGAAAAGGAGAGAAUAGUAAUAAAGAACAUCAAUUCAAGGAAGGAAUGAUGGUGUAUAAGAAAGUGUUGGACACAGUAGGGAACAGUAGAAAACUUCAGGAAAGGUUUAAAGGACCUUAUAUAAUAAAGAAGAUAGAUGAAGUUACUGGAGCCUGUGAAUUAGUGCUAAUCACUGCGAGAGGCAGAGAAAUCAAAUCAAGAGAUAAGAUAUUAGCACACGUGAGGCAACUGAAAUGUAGCCCACAAUAA